AAGCGUGUUUAGCAUCAUUCUUCAUGAUACAAAGAACGCAGGGCCUGUCGGGAAGACAGUGACGUCAGCAACCACAAUGACAUGCACCCAUAAAUGUCUCUCGUGGCCAAGUUGCAAGUUCCUUAACUUCAAGAAAGAAACCAAAUCAUACGAUCUGUUGGAGAGAAAUUUCACGGAGAGUGCAGUGCACUUAACAAAAGACGUUGGUUCUGUUUACAUGACAACAGAAGAGGACCAAAUGAACGAAGGCCCAGCCUGCAAAGCACUUAGGCCGUGCCAAAACGGUGGCACAUGCCAAGAUGCAUGCAACAGUAAAGGAUACAGGUGCACAUGUGACAUUCAGUACACUGGAUACAACUGCGAGACCAUUAAAGAAUGGAUAGUAUUUCAACGAGGAGUUUCGGCUGACGUCGAUUUCUACCGUGAUUGGAUUUCAUAUAAAGUCGGAUUUGGUGAUCCAUCAGGGAACUUCUGGCUUGGCUUGGACAAAUUGCAUGAGAUGGCAAAGCCUGGCGCAGGCGCAAAGCUCCGCAUCGACAUGAAAGUGAUGACUGGUGGGAGCUAUCACGCAGAGUAUAGUAAAUUCGAAGUCGAAAAUGAGGCUGCUGGUUAUCGAUUGACUAUUGCUGGAUACAGAGGUACGCUCUCUCUAAUAUUGGCAGUUUGUAAUCUUGAUUAUUAUGAUUGACGAUGAUCGUGAUUGAUUGAUGAUUAUGAUUAACUGUAGAUUAUGACUGAUUGAUGAUUAUGAUCGAUUGAUGAUUAUGAUUGAUUGAUGCUUAUGAUUUUGACAACGGUCAUUGCAAUAAUGAUUAGUGAUUGAUGUUCUGUUUUUAAAGGGGUUGCAACUGAUGCACUUGCAAAUCAUAAUGGACAGAAAUGGACCACGUACGACAGGGACAAUGACCAUAGAUCAUACAGCAAUUGUGCACAGGAAUACAAAGGUGCCUGGUGGUAUAACAGUUGCUAUCACUCAAAUUUAAAUGGUGUGUUAUUAAAACCAGGAGAGACUGAGUCUGCAAUAAAUUGCCGCUGGAAUAUUAUCAACAACAUUGUCUACAUCGAGAUGAAGGUCAAGUUAAGGCGUUAAAAGCAAAGGCAAGAUAAAGGCUAAGCAAAGGAAGAGGACAGGGGUUGCGAGCGUAAACAUAACAUUUUUAUAUCACAAUUAUAGGCGAAAACAAAAUACAAUAUCUGUGCCGUUCAAAGCAGAAAUAAAUAUGACGUCAUCUGGUUCUGGCUAUGAACCAGCAUGUUUUGCAACUAUGUCUUCAAAACCGGCCUAAUAUCAUACUGCAUGAAAAUGCCGAAUACAGUCCAAAUCUCGUCGAGCAAAAAAAGGUACCGCAAGGCAUGCCGGUUCACCAGAGCCAUCUGUCAAUCAUAUUAGCCAAUAAAUGAGCAUGUGAGUAGAACCACACUCUCUGAUUGGUCAAUCUAUGAUUGAAAGAUGGCUGAAGCCCCUUUAGUAUCUGUCGAUUGCCUUUAACAUAGCUUUUGCCGUCAAGGAUAGUACAGCGAAUCGCAGCUCGAAGAAAAAACUAAUGAUUGGAAAAAUUAUAACAAAACCCUUUCUCGUAUUGAACGUUUUAUUGGAUAAUUGGAUUUAUUGCACCAUCUAUUGCAAAACCCUGUAUAGAGCUGAGCUUUCAGUUUAGAGCAGAGAUAGGUUGUAAUUCAUACCCCAUGGACGCUGAUAAAGAUAUAGAUAAAGACGGGUUGCCAUAAACCUUAGCUAAGCUUAGAAACUUUUAGGAUUACCAUCAAUUUUUGGCAGAAUGAAAAACAAUUAAUGAUCCUACUUAAAUUAAAAGCAAUUUUUUGCAGGAAGAGGGAAAACAUGGGUACAUGAAAGCAAAAUAAAUUUUCGAUGGGCAAUAAAAGAUUGGACGUUUUCUAACGGAUUACUGUUGUUUUGGCUUUGUUCAUAAAGUUACUUGACCAAAUUACAGAGGUUGCAUGGAGCAGACCCUGUGCUCAUCUGGCCAAUUCUAAGACAAUUCGUUAAAAUUUCAACUGAUUUGUCAUAUUUAGUGGAAUGUUUUGAUACUCUUUUAGGUUUUGGGAUCAAAAUCCAAAAAUUAUAAAAUCAAACUUUUGUGACAUCAUCAUUUUUCUGCAUGUAAGCAAAAUGAACUUCUGAUGGUCAAAACAAUUUUCGCUAUUGUGUGAAAUGGCUAGCAAGGGUAAGUGGGGUUAAAAGCAGUACUGAAUAUGAGUAGCAUAAGGGGUUUCUGCCAGCACAAUGAGAAAGUCAGAGAGAGUAAUUACGAGGGGGAAUGAGGGGGUUAAUUGAGAAAGGGAGAUGCAUUAAAUGAGAUUACAGUUGCCUUUGUUUUGAGGUGAGUGUUGAUAAAUGGCGUUUGUUGUGAUGUUUAGCCAUUUUAGAAAAUCCUUCAUGUGCCAUUAUGAAAGAAAAGUCAUAUGUGCAGAGUCACAAGUGAGCCUUGUAUAGAAUAGAAUGCAAACACGUGAUAGGUCAUAGGCCAAGGUCAUUAUGCCAUAUAAGGUAUUAGUGGAAAGACACAUAUUGGCAUAAUAGGUCCAAUAGCAUGAACAGUAGCUAGUCACGAGACGGAGCUCCAGGAAUAAGGCCAUACUGUAGAGACGGGUGUGGUAGAGUGGUGGAGUGUAACAUACGCGGAUACGUCAAAUAAUCGUAACCGUUUAGUCGAGAUAAAGGCCUAAAGUAAAUAAUGCCAAAAAAAGAUAUAAAUCAUCAAAUUUGUCUUAAUUGUUUCUGAUUCCAAAAAGAGAUCAAAACUUUCAACAUUUGGCGCCCAACGUGGGGCACCAUUUGUUGUAUGGACUCCUUGGCACAAUUUGUAUGGACCAGAAAUUGAAAAAUCUUUAGGCCCAUAACUUCCGUUAUACAUGAGGUUCUCG